AGUUGUUUGAAGUAACAGACAGGAGAGCCUACCAGAAUUGUUACGUCAUUUUGUGUAUUUAGAAGUUUAAGUGCCGUGUGACGGAGAAAUGUGUUAUAUUUAUGAAAUUCUUUACAACAUUUAGUUUCUUGUCUGUUGAUUAACUAUUAAUUCAGGUAUUGCCAUUCAUUCACCCAAAAUGUCUGGAUUUGAUGAUGUAGUCAACCCUUUUAGUCCUCCAACCGUAGACAACCCUUUUGCAGAUCCUGCCGUUCAACAAGUUACAAAACAGACAAGUAGUGUUCAGAGAGGUCUAGAAGAAUAUAAUCCUUUUGCGGACCAACCAUCUCCACCUGCUGUAAAUGCUAUUCGAACUGGCGGAGAGAGAAAGGAGCCGGCUGUCAUGCCAGCCACCCAAGAACCUCCCCCUCCUUAUACUAGAACGACAGCGGCAGCUCCAUCUGCUAAUGCAGCUGUUAAUAUGACUCCUGCUGAUUUUCAGGCAGCUUUGGACAGGAGACAAGAAGAACUUGAACGGAAAGCAGCAGAAUUACAACGAAGAGAAGAAGAACUUCGAAAUAACACAUAUAAUGUUAGGAAAAACAACUGGCCUCCACUUCCUUCUAACUCUUGUGGUUUAGAGCCUUGCUUCUAUCAAGAUAUCAACGUUGAUAUACCUGUUGAUUUCCAGUCAGUUGUGAGGCAGAUGUACAACCUAUGGAUUUUCCAUUUCCUGUUGUUGCUGGCCAAUAUGUUUAUCGCCCUGAUACGAGUCAUUACCUAUGCAGACAUUGAAACAUUUGGAUUAUCUAUGCUGUAUACUGUAAUACUAACUCCUUUUUCAUUUGUGUGCUGGUAUCGACCUGGAUAUAAGGCAUUUAGGGAUGACAGUUCUUUCAGUUUUAUGGUUUUCUUUUUUAUAUUUGCAUUUCAAAUGCUUGUUACUACUGUUAUGGCCUUUGGAACGACUGGUGGUGGCUCCUGUGGUCUGUUUAAAACUAUAACAACAUUUGAGGCUGGUGGUGCCAAAGGUAUUAUCGUCGGCUUGCUUAUGCUCUCUGUCACACUUGGAUUUAUAACUGCCGUUCUUCUCGAUUUCAUUCUGAUCUCAAAGGUUCACAGAAUUUAUCGCAGUUCUGGAGCAAGUAUGGCAAAAGCACGUGCAGAAUUCACUACUGAAAUCAUGAAGAACGAACACGUGCGGGGAGCUGCUAGCACUGCCGCAACUGCCGCUGUACAAUCACAGUUCAACCAACCAUCAAGGAGUGGAGGAUUUCCAUAAUUAGUCAAACCAAACACAUUUUUGACUGACCGCUGUUGUUUCCUCGAUACAUCAAGGAAGAUAAACUAGCCAUAUAUAUUUUAUGUAUUGUGUUUGCGAAUGAUUAGAGUGAAUGGAAUCAAUCUACGUCUGAAUGAUGUUUAUUUUGUGUACUAUUGUGUUAACAUAAAGCCGUCACUUGCAGUUGUUCUUUGAUGCUACACUUAAAUUUAUUCUUUAUGAUUUUGGUUUUAUUUCAAUUUCCUGGAAUGUGGAGGUUAUUUUUGUUUGGUGUAGCGCUGGCAUAUAUUUUUUUUCUUGGAUGGUAUUUGGUUACGCAAAGGCGAUCCUCCCCAGAACAUGUAUUAUAUUAGUAGUUAGUCCAAAUGUACGUAUUAUUUUACAAAUAAUAUGGCUUGUAUAUUUUACUGUGCAAUGCUUUAUGUAAGACUAAUUUAUUAUAAUGCUGUGUUAAAAUUCUUUUUUUUUUUUCAGUUUAAAGCUGAUCACUUGACUGUAAACCGCAUAACUCUAGUUUUGAUGUAAAAUUGUAAAUUUUAGAUAUAUUCAAAUAUAAGACACAUUUUUUAGUUUUAAAAACAUUAAUGAAUACAUUCCUCGAAUAAUUAUAUUAUUUAGUUUAUAAAUUUAAUUCGCCCAGGAGGAUUUGUCGACUAUUUUGUAUAAAUUGUGUUUAUUAUUUAUGUGAAGUAAAUAUUUGGUGCAAUUUAAAUUAGGAGAUACCAAACACCAUAAUCAAAGUUGUCAAAAUAUAAUAAUAUUGCUGUUCGAUGAAUUAUGUUUUAUUUAUACUUUAUUUUUCAAUGUGUCUUAAAUUUAUAAUAAUACUUUAAAUUUUAAAAACUGCCUAGAAAACCAUAUAGAUAUAUAUUUACCUAUUUUUAGCUGAACAAUUUACUAAAUUUAUUCACAUCAUCGAUUUAUUUUAACAUUUUUUCAAUUUAAAAUAUACUAAAAUUAAUACUGAUACG